AUGUCAGGAAGAGCAGCAGGAGGUCCUGUUGCGCAGCCAGCUGAUCCAGCUCGGCAACAAGGUAACAACGAUAAGAUAUGGGGUGUAGUCCGCUCAGUAGCAAUGUUUGUCGCUGUCCAAGCUGCCAUGAAAUAUGGUAUGCAAUAUAUGGGCAUGGGCGGUAACAAGUCGCCUUCUCCCCCUGCUCCUUCUCCAGCUGGGACCACUGCCGGACCGGCAUCGACUCCCGUCGCUGUACCUCAAGGAUCUCAACUAGCUACGCCAGCUUGGGAUCUGGGUACACCCCUCUCCAUGCUGUUGUACACAUCCACCUCCCCCUCUGGUCGAGAUGUCGACCUGGAUCAUCCACUCGUUCAAUGGGAUGGUCUCACAUACGGAGAAUGGAAAGACGAGAGAGAAGCGGAUCUCAUCCUCGAUGUUCCAGAAAGUGUAUGGGCACAUAAUGGAAGUUGGUACAUGGAUGUAGUGCUUGUGAAAGGUGGUGGUACACCUGUAGGUAAAGGUCCGGGAAACGUCUCGGCAUAUAGGAAACAACUCACUCGAUUCUUCCCCAAGAGACGAAUCAGGAAAGAAAAGAAACUCAUCGGUAACAAGGAAGAAGACGAGGAAGACCUGGAAGAUCCUGUGGAACAAUCUGGUCCGGCACCCAUCGUCGCUCAUUGGUCUAACAACCUGACUUUGACUAUCGUCGCUUCAGGUGGCGAAGUCAACUUUGGUCAGCUUUCGCCUGUAGCUCAACCAUUUUAUACUAUCCAAUCUUCUUUGGAAGACCCUACAAAGAAAGUAUAUCCUCCACCUAUCUAUCCCAACGACUUCUGGAUAAUGAAAGAAUCCUUAUACGUGAUCAACGAAACUACCAAGACGCUUCCUCUACACGUCACGUACCAUGCUAUCUCAGCUAUGAAAUUCAACGUUUUCAGCGCUUUGACCGCGUCGUUCGAACAAGCUGCUCAACAACAAGGAGGAGGCGGAAUGGAAUUCGACGAGAUCAAACGAACUCUCACAGAAACCUCGCCUUGGUUGUUGAUCACAACUGCGAUCGUCACCGUCUUACAUACCUUGUUUGAAUUCUUGGCGUUCUCAAGUGAUGUUAGCCAUUGGAGGAAAAAGGAUAAAGAUUUAGUGGGAGUAUCGUUGAAUACCAUUUUGACGAAUUGCUUCGUCCAAUUGGUCAUCUUGCUGUAUCUCCAUGACAGUUCAGAAGAGACUUCGUUCAUGAUCCUGUUUGGACAAGGAAUUGGUCUCCUCAUUGAAGCUUGGAAAAUUACGAAAGUCACCAACAUCCGAAUCAGACCUGCCCCUACGUCAAUCUUUGGUUACACAGUACAAUUCGAAGAUAAACGAGAACUUAGUGAAGACGAGAAGAAAACCCAAGAAUACGACGCUCUCGCUUUCCGACUUGUGUCCUACGGCGCUAUCCCAUUAUUGGCAGGUUAUACCGUUUAUUCUCCUGACAAGACACUCUUACGCAGAACUCAUCGAGGAUGGUACUCUUUCAUCGUGACUACGCUUGCUCAAGCUAUUUACAUGUUCGGUUUCGUCCAGCUUGUUCCUCAAUUGAUCAUUAAUUAUAAGUUGAAGAGUGUAGCUCAUAUGCCGAUGAAAGCUAUGAUGUACAAGACUCUAUCAACCGUUGUCGACGAUUUCUUCGCGUUCUGUAUCAGGAUGCCCUGGCUACAUAGGUUGGCCUGUUUCCGAGACGAUGUCGUCUUCCUCAUAUUACUUUACCAACGAUGGAUCUACCGAGUCGACUACUCUCGUGUCAACGAGUAUGGUCAGGUCAACGAGGGUAUGGUAGAGGAUGUUGGUAAGCCCGGUGAGAAGGAGAAGGAGACGAAGAAGAACAAGUAG